AUUAUCCAGCACCACUUAUAUUUUUUAGUGCAUUCAUAGCUCAAAUUGCAGCUAUUUUGAGCUUUGAUUUUCAUAAAUUACACAAUCAGUGUGUGGCAAGAGCUAAAUACGUACAGUGAAAAUGGAAUCUCAAGCUGUGACACGCAAACCCGAGGAUGUAUAAUAAUUGUGUGGCAUCACAUCCGUUUCACAUUUUUGUGGUGUUGCUUUGCUUGCCUUAUUAAAAAGCUUUAGCAAUGUAGCAAUGUCCAUGUAUGUAUGAAAAUCGAGUCAUUCUAUUCCAACUUUUAUAUGUAUAACUUGCUUAUGCCCAUUGUGAACUGCCGGCUCCAGUCCGAUUGCAUUUUUUUCCGUUUGCGUGAUCAUCUUCUGACACAUUGUGCUCUGGUGGGCUGGAAAAUAUAGAAAUAACUAAUUCAUUUCAGUAUUGAUCUUUGUCAAUUAAUAGAAUUUUAACCUAACACUCGUCAAAUUGUGGUCCAGUUAAUAUUUUCACAAUCCUACACUGGAAAAAUCUCGAAAUCUGGAUCAUUUCGUUCCAGGUCACUUUGGAAUAAAGCUGGUGAACUGAACUCUGUCGGUUAUUUGUUUUGCCAAUGACUCGUUUAUCCCGAAGGAUAUUUUGUAUUUGUAAAACAAAUAGAUUGCUCAAUAAAAUGCAGUAGGUUAUUGACAACAGAGUGUAAUGAACUUGUUUACUAACAUUGGUGCGAAGUUAGAUUGAGUCAGUGAUUAGAAAUUAGUCACAAAGAAACUUCAAAAUGCAUCUAAUUUUUCGAUACGGGCUCCCACCGGGAAGUGCAUUGGUUCUGGUGGCUGUUCUACAAGUGGUCAAUCUAUUAUUCAAUACGUGUGUCGACUGGGUCGCCGUUUUAGCAAUAAAAGAAAUGGGAUACGAUUUCCGAGCAUGGGAAGAAUACACGUGGUUAGUGCUGAUCCUACUCGAAAUAUUGACCACGGUGAUCUUCCUCGUUUACGGCGUUGUCUUAAAGGGGAAUAAAUCAUGGCUAAUAUAUUGGAUGGGCACCUACACGGGGUUUCUAGCCAUAUCCAUUUUCAUCGAGCUAUUCUACAUUGAUUGGUCUUUCAAAGAGAUCAGUCCAGCUUUGACCACGCUGUACCUCAUUCUGAUGAUGACAGCCAUGUAUGCUUACGCAAUUAAUCUCGGAGUCAAUUGUCUCCCAUAUUUCAACACAAUUUCGGACUUGGAACCAAUAGGAAAAGGAUGGACGUUUAUCGUGGAUUUUUACAAAAGUCAUGUCAAAGAAGCUAGUGCGUUGGUGUUAAUGUUUGAAAUUGUUUUAAAUGCUCAAAUAUUUCUGGAUCGACAAACUACAAGAUUCAUUUUUCAAGCCGAGUUUGUUGGAUAUGAAGAUGACAAAGAUAUCGCCCUCCUCAUAGAAGAAACUGCCCUCAGAUAUAUUCGAAUCGCACUUGCAGCCAUAGGAUUCUACAUUGUUUACAAGCGAUUUGCAAUAAUGCAGGAGAAAAAGUAUUGGAUGUUCCGUUUCUGCUUUUGCUACCUUCUCACAAUCGCCAUCAGUACCGGAAUCUUUGUCUAUCUCCUCUUCAUGUGGAGAUCAGACCAUGUCCUGUUGACUUUAGUGUACUUUUUUAUCCUGCUAAUUAAUAUAGUGUAUCGACUUUGGGUACUUUUCAUUUGUGUUAAAUACACCGAUGUUUUUGAACGGAGUGGUAUCCCCAUGUAAAAUCUACGAGACUUGUAACCAUGUCAAGUGCUCGAUAAUAAUGUGAUCACGUAAAUAAAUAAAAUUAAUUAUGUUUUUGACUUA